UUUCUCUGCAGCAGCAGCUGCCUCCGACAUAUUUUGUUGUCGUGUUGGCUUACUAACGUGAUAAACGAAUCAUCUGUGUAACAUUUAUCUCCAACACUAAAAAUUUUUUCUGUUUUGUUUUUACGAUAACACUAUUCUCCUGGAGAGAAUAGAUCCUAUUCGAAAGUGUACGUUUUGAAUAAUAUAAAAUAUCGUAGACCUACUUUUUUCGGAUAGUCAACAGUCCACCAAAUAGUUCAUUACUGAUUGGUCUACUUUCGAACAUAGCAAUUAUCUGCAGUUCAAAAAAAAUAAUUAUUUGUUAAAUAUCAAGUUAAAUUAAUUUUAUAUUUUGUGAUUGAACAAUGUUUGCCCGUGUUACAUUUUAUCCGACACUUUUAUACAAUGUAUUUAUGGAAAAAGUAACACAGCGCAACUGGUAUGAUCGAAUUGAUGAAAAUGUUAUAUUAGGUGCACUUCCAUUCAGGAAUAUAAGCCAAAAAUUAAUUGAUGAAGAAAAUGUCAGAUGUGUAAUAUCAAUGAAUGAAUCAUAUGAACUAGAGCAUUUUACACCUCAACCAGAUGAAUGGAAAAAAAUGGGAGUAGAACAUUGUCAGCUGAGUACCAAAGAUAUUUUUGAAACUCCGUCACAUGAAAAAUUAAUUCAAGGUGUUUCAGUGAUGGAAGCAGUUUCGAAAGAUGGAAAUACUGUAUAUGUACAUUGCAAGGCAGGUCGUACUCGUAGCGCGACUCUUGUGGGCUGUUAUUUAAUGUCUAAACAUAAUUGGACUCCUGAACAAGCAAUCGAAAAUAUUGUAUCCAAGCGACCUCAUAUUUGGUUACGAAACCAACAAUUGGAGAGUCUUAAAAAAUAUUAUGAUGCUGUGGUAAAAGAAAAAUUUAAUGCUUUCAAAAUGGAUAAUAAUUAAAACAUCUACUCGCUAUGACCAAUAACAAUCAAUUUACUCGUUUUAGAAUAUUAACAUUUCGAGUAAUUAACAACAUAUCUUCAUAAUCACGGACAUCACUAACAUUAGAUAUUAUAAGAGAGUAUUAUAUAAUUAUAAGUUCAGGAUUCAACUAGUAGUUAUAAUUCUAAACCUACUGUGUAUUUCAUUGCGUUGCUCAAUCCUUUAUUACAUCUCUUGUUUUCGAAAGGUUCUAACAUUAUUUUUAAUAACUAUUAUUAUUAUUAUCACCUCUAUUAUUAUUAAUUUAUAUUAUUCCUUUAAAGGUGAAGUGUUUAUUUUUUCGAUAGUCUGUGAUAAUUUUGCUAUAUUUUUUUUUUGGUUGUGUGUAUUUAGUUAUUUUAUUUCUUUGAAAUUUUAUUUGACAUUCAUUUUAAUGAAUUAGAUUAUGUUAUUUUUUAAAUCUCGUUACUAAUAUUGUAUGUUAUUUACCUUUUUAAUUAUUUUAGAGAAACUGAUAUGUUGUGUAGGAAGGAAUUAGUUGGAAAAAGUAAUAUUUUAAUGAUGGGUACAAUUUUAGAAUCUGAAUGAAUGAUAAACAUUUUGUUUGUUGAUAAUACACCUAUUUUUUUUAUCAUUCAUUUUAAUGAAUAUUCAUUAUAGAUUUGAUUUUAAAUUGUAUUAUUACUACUUAGAAGACUUAUAAUAUAUCCAAUGACAAUAAUUUUUUAUACAUAGAAUUAAUUUUUAUAUAAGAUAUAACAAUAUCAUAAAAGCUAUGUAAUAAUAUAUUUUGAUUUAUUAUUCUAAGAUUAUUUUAUAUAUUGUUGAUAAUUUCAAAACAUUUUUCUUUUCGAGUACUCAUUUUUACUUAGUUAUUACUUAUUAUCGAGUCAUAGAAAAAAUGCAUAUUAUUUGUGUAUAAUUCUGUUAAUACUUUUUAAAUUUCCUGGUAAAAAAUUAUAAGAUUUUUAUUAUACUGAAUUAUACUUUUAUUAUUAGAUUAUUAUACUGACGUACAAAACAUAUUAUUUAUUUUCGUUUAUUCUUAAAAUUAAAUUAUUUUUUUUAGUGUAAACGAUUUAUCUCAAAAAUAUUUGCUAUUUUACAAGCUGACUAAAUGUUUACUAUGUACCAACUAGGAAGAAAUUGAUUUAGAAUAAUUUAACUGGGUGUUUGUUUUAUUUUAAGUAGAAAUAUACUUAUAAACAACAAUUUUUGUAUUCUUUAAGAAAAAUUUUAAAUUUUUAUUGUCAAACAACUUAAAUAUUUUAAGAUCCAAUUAGUAAACUUAGUAUACUCAUUAUUGAAUAUACAUUAUCAUAAUAGUUACUCUGUUUUGAAAAUACAACUACCUAUAAAUGUAUUUUAUAUAUUUUAUUUAUCUUAUUUCAUUUAGUUUAUUAAUAGUAAAUUAAUUUUAAGUUAUAACGUACAAAUAUGUUAAUGUUAAUUAUUCAAAUGGGUGAGAGAAAAUUAUAUUAUAGAAAAUUUAAAUACCAAAAAAUGUUCUAGGUACUUUUUAGUUAUUGUUGAAAUUUAUCAACUAGACAAUAAUCUUGUACCUUAUGUUCAAUUAUCUAUUAUUAUUGCUAAUAUUAUGUUGUGUUUAUUUGUUAACAAAAUGUUUGAUUAUUGUUGGAAAUAAUUGUAUGCUAAAAAUGAAAGUAUUUAUGGAGUUCUUUAGAUUAUAAUUUAUUGUCAAUGUUACUUCUAAAAGGCUAAAAAUAGAAUUAUAAGUGGAAUGUGCAAUUAAUGAAAUUAUAUUUUCAAUGUGGAGUUUUAUUGUUUAAUUAUCCAAACGUAAAAUGUAUAAGGUUCUUGUUUUGCUUGAUAUUAAUAUUGGUGUAAGAAGUAUUAAAUAAACUUAAAAAUGUUAAACUAA